UUCAAUUUCACUCCCCACAACAAGCCUCGGAGAAGGAGAAGGCCAUGGCCGACAAGGUCCUGAGAGAGAAGAGGAGGCAGUUUAUCCAAUCGGUGGGCACAGGUACCAUAAAUGGCUUGCUGGAUGAAUUACUGGAGAAAAGGGUCCUGAACCAGGAAGAGAUGGAGAAAGUUAGAGACGAAAAUGCUACAGUGAUGGACAAGGCCCGAGCUUUGAUUGACGGGGUCAUCCGGAAAGGGCCCCAGGCGAGCCAAGUUUUCAUCAUAAACAUUUGUAACAAUGACUGCCACCUGGCACAGACGCUGCAGCUCUCAGGUCCACAAUCUGUAAAUGACUUGUGGAGUAAACCGGAUUCCCAGACAGCAUUUUCUUCCUUCUCAGCGCCUCAGACAGUACAGGACAACCCAGCUGUGCUGCCAUCCUCAGGCCCAGGAGGAAGCGUCAAGCUCUGCUCCCUUGAAAUCAUCCAAAACAUAACGAGAGAGAAGUCAACAGAGAUUUAUCCAAUAAUGGAAAAGUCGAACCGUACACGUCUUGCUCUUAUUAUCUGCAACACAGAGUUUGACCAUCUUCACCAAAGGGAUGGAGCUGAUGUUGACGUCAGAGAUAUGGAGAAGCUGCUAGCCGAUCUGGGGUACAGUGUGCAUGUGAGAAAAAAUCUCACUGCCUCGGACAUGAUUACAGAGGUGAAGGCAUUUGCUGCCCGCCCAGAGCACCGAACUUCCGACAGCACUUUCCUGGUGUUCAUGUCUCAUGGUAUUCGGGAAGGCAUCUGUGGCAAGAAAUACUCUGAACAAGUCCCAGAUGUAUUAGGAGUCAAUGAAAUAUUUCGAAUGUUGAACAGCCAGAACUGCCCGAAUUUGGUGAAUAAACCCAAGGUGAUCAUCAUUCAGGCCUGCCGUGGCGAGAACCCAGGGUUGGUGUGGGUAAAAGAUUCAGUAGGAGGAGCCUGUGGAACUGUCUCCCUACUGAAUCUAGAAGAUUGUGAGGAUGACGCCAUCAGAAAAGCACAUGUGGAGAAGGAUUUUAUCGCCUUCUGUUCCUCGACACCAGAUAAUGUUUCCUGGCGACAUCCGACACGCGGCUCUCUUUUUAUCAUGAGGCUCAUCAGCAGUAUCCAAGAAUAUGCCUGCUCCUGUGACCUGGAGGAGAUUUUCCUAAAGGUUCGACGUUCAUUUGAAGUGCCAGAUGGCAAGGCACAGAUGCCCACCACUGAGAGGGUUACCUUGACAAGACAUUUCUACCUCUUCCCAGGAUAUUAAAUAAGAAGCCAGGAGCACUGUUAUUCUGUACCUGUUUUGAGGAUUGGAUGUGUUGGAAACAGAAAAAAAAAGUUCUAAUAAAUCUGAGAUAAAAGAAAA